AUUCCGCUCACAGACUCUUAAACUUCCAACACCGGUUGUCACCAGCAUUUAUGCCUCUUUACUUUGACCAGUCAUGAAUAUUUUUUGCCUUUGCAUCACAUCAGUGUUAGCCAUCACUUCAGUCUUCUCUGAUCAAAACUCCAAGAAAAACCACAUGAGAUUUUUUCCUGCAGCCGAUCAAAGUAUUGCUGGAGUAUUCCUGGUCACUGUUCUUCACCUCGGCAAUCCUCAGUAUUUCUUCAAUGCCUCUGAAGCUCGGAGCCUUUGUUCAUCUCUUGGAGUCAGCAUCGCCACUAAAGAACAAGUCGAGAAAGCUAUCACCAGAGGUCUAGAAACAUGCAGGUUUGGAUGGAUUGAUGAAAAUUUUGCAGUUAUUCCGAGAAUCCACCCCCUUAUAACUUGUGGCAGAAACAAGACAGGUUUGGUGCCCUGGAGAGCAUCUCUCAACUCACUGUUUGAUGUGUUUUGCUUCAAUGAAUCAGACGCUGCUGCACAAUUGAAGGAUGCGACUACUGAUACCCCCCGGAACAGCACGUAUCACUCAGCUCGGUCUUCUCCAGCAACGCAGAAAACUUACUCAGCAUUUUCCGCCUUCCUUCAUUCCUCCUCUUCAACCCCUGAAAUCAUUGACAUAAAGGCAGAACCGGCCCGCAACGUUGGUGGUGCACAACGCUCUACUGGAGGAAGACUCGUACUCAUCACAUGCACGUCUGCAUUCCUUGUAAUUGCCGUGGUCAUCACUGCAUACCUAAAACUGCACAGGCGCUGCUCUGAGAGCUCUGAUGAGAAGAAUCAACAUGAGUACAUCGAGACAGAAGAGUCGGCGUGUGUGAGAAGCAUGAAGGACACUGAAAAAUCUGCACCACAAGAUGAGAAUAUAGAAGUGGAAGAUGAAGAAUAAUAAACUUUUGAUUGAUGUACACUACAUGAUGAAGAAUUUGUUAAUCACUGUUGAUCAUUUGUGUCAUAUUUUGUUAGGGGGUAAUCCAGAGAGGAUGCGCAGUGACUUUGUUAUCUAUGUAUGCAUUGUUCUCAUCGUUUGUAAUAUUUCCAGUAAUAAUAAAUGAAGCAGUAAAACCAUGAGAUGGAAAUGUUGGCAAAACA